AGUUGAUACUGAACUAUUACGGAAAAUGGUUGUUUAUACCUUAUCUUAUCAUCUACAUAAAAUACGACAAGAUCUGAUUUAGUUGAGUUUGAGGGCAAGCAUCGGGUGUUGUAUAUAUAAUAAUUUUAUCUCAUGCUAAAUAUUCAAUCUGGCGUAUGUUAAUGUUUACAAUGAAGGUAAUAAAUACUUUUGGUGGGACGAUUUAACGAUGAAAUUAAGUUUGUGGUUUCUUAUUUUAUGAGUUAUCCAUUGACCUGUGUUACAAGAGAACGUUGUGGAUCCAAAAAAUGUCUGUAGAAAAAGAGAAUUUCAAUGUUAAUUCGGUGAAUGCUAAAUCAAUGCACCACCGUCACAGCUUACAACACAAUCGUUUUGAAGAAGCGCAAAGUAACUUUCGACAUACUCAAUCAUACCGGUAUGACCAAGAAGGAAAGAAAAAAUUAAAAAAAGCAAUAGUGCUUUCACCAGUUAUAUUAGAAUCGUCAGAGAAUGAGAGUGAAAAUAAAUCUUCUGUGAAAAAACCUAUUCAAAAACCUGAAAAAAAAGUAGAACAAUUUAUUUUAGAAAAUGAGAAAAGAAGUAGUAGAUCUUCGAAAAAAAGUGAUAAAUCUAUUUAUACGUUUGAUAACGCUGCUUUUGAAGGAAAUUUAGAUAAGAGAAGUAUUUCUAGUAGAGCAGGAUCUUCUAGGCAACCUAGCGUUCAAAGUUUAGAGGUCGUCCGUGAGCAAUAUUGUUGUUGUGCUAAAAGGACGCAGUGUGAGAGAAAACUGUUAGUUACAGUGAUUGUAUUAUGUGUAGUGAUAAUAGUAUUAACUGUUGUUUUAGCUAUAGUAGCUGCUGACAGACAGGAUAAUUUUAAGAAUUUAUUAAUCAACCUCACCUCGUAGAAUUUGCAAUAUAAUAUAUUUUUAUGAGACGUA